UUAGGCCUGCUUUUCAGUUCGGCCCAUAACUCGUGUGAUAGCAAAACCGGCCCACACCUCCGCCGACCUUGGCUUCCCCCCCAAAGCGUACAGGAUUCGAAAUUCGAAAUCCCAAGUAACCGUUGGAGCGCCUCCUCGGCGGCGUCCUCCCCUCAAACGGCUCUCUCCUUCCCCCCGCUCCCUCCCGCAUACAAAUCCUCCCCCAAUUCCAACCCCUAAUCCACGCACUCCCCCACUCCAGAUCCGCCCGCCACCGCCACCGCCAGCCCAAAUCCACCGCGAGAGAGCGAGAGGACCGGACCCGCGCGAUGGCGACGCUCCAGCACCAGCCGAAGCCGGCGGCGGCGCCGUCGACGACCACGGGCGGCGGGCUGCGCGCCAUGGACCUGUACGAGAAGCUGGAGAAGGUGGGCGAGGGCACGUACGGGAAGGUGUACAAGGCCCGGGAGAAGGCGACGGGCCGGAUCGUGGCGCUGAAGAAGACGCGCCUCCCCGAGGACGACGAGGGCGUGCCCCCCACCGCGCUGCGGGAGGUCUCGCUGCUGCGGAUGUUGUCGCAGGACCCGCACGUGGUGCGCCUGCUCGACCUCAAGCAGGGCGUCAACAAGGAGGGCCAGACCAUCCUCUACCUCGUCUUCGAGUACAUGGACACCGACCUCAAGAAGUUCAUCCGGGGCCACCGCGCCAACCACGAGAAGAUCCCCGCGCUCACCGUCAAGAUCCUGAUGUACCAACUGUGCAAGGGCGUGGCCUUCGUCCACGGCCGCGGGGUGCUGCAUCGCGACCUCAAGCCGCACAACCUGCUCAUGGACCGCAAGACCAUGGCGCUCAAGAUCGCCGACCUCGGCCUCAGCCGCGCCAUCAUCGUCCCUCUAAAGAAGUACACCCACGAGAUCCUGACGCUGUGGUACAGGGCACCCGAGGUUCUGCUUGGCGCCACGCACUACGCCACGCCGGUUGACAUCUGGUCCGUGGGCUGCAUAUUUGCUGAGUUGGUCACUAACAACCCACUAUUCCCCGGGGACUCAGAGUUGCAGCAGCUCCUGCACAUCUUCAAGCUGCUUGGCACCCCGAAUGAGCAGGUGUGGCCAGGCGUCGGCAAGCUGCCCAACUGGCACGAGUACCCGCAGUGGAAGCCCACGAAGCUGUCCACUCUUGUCCCCGGUCUCGACGAAGACGGCUACGACCUGCUUGGGAAAAUGCUCGAGUACGAGCCGGCGAGGCGGAUCUCUGCGAAGAAGGCCCUGGAGCACCCAUACUUCAACGAUGUGAACAAGGAGCAGUACUGAAGCGAUGCGAGAAGCGGGAAUAAGGAAUCCUUAGAGAACCUUCAUGGGUGGGCAUGAAGGUGCGUGGCUUGUAUAACCUAUUCUUGGCUUGGUUGAUGUGUAACUUGAUUGCCCUGUAGCAGUGCUUUUGCUUCCAGGACAGUAGUAGUAGUAGUAGAGUAUGUCUGUUUUCUAGUACCUGCUUUCCUGUAUGCCGUGCCAUUCACUUUGCUUGUGAUGGAUAAACUCGGAAGGAUUUCAGCGUAAAGCAAACUCAUAUUGAUCACUUAUUUUGUUAAGAGCAAGCACUCGUGUUGACGAGUGGAAGGCCUGCAAUCUUCUA